AUGGCCGAAGAAAGGCUAGGCCAAGCUGGAGAAACGGUCAGAAAUGCUGCAGGAGAAGCUCGAGAAGAGGGUGAAACGUACCUGGAAGAGCUGAAUGAAAACGGGUACAUCGAAGCGGUUAAGAAAAAACUGAGUGAACCAGGAAUGUGGUUGGCAGAUGCAGCGCACAAUACCAUAGCUAAAGUUAGAGAGAUCGGAAACAAAAUCACUGGAACGGAUUACCAAGAGAUGGCCGAAGAAAAGGUGGGCGAAGUUGGAGAAAAAGUCAAAAGAGCUGCGGGAGGAGCUCAAGAACAGGCUGGAGAGCUCCUUGACGACGUAAAUGAUAACGAGUGCGUGAAAACGGCAAAGAGAAAAAUGAGUGAUGCCCGAGAAGGGAUAGCAGAUACCGCAGAAGCGGCAAGAGCUAAAGCUGGAGAGAUCGGAGACAAAAUCGCCAACGCAGACUACAGGGGAAUGGCCAAAGAAAAGUUGGACCAAGCUGGAAACUCCAUAAGAAAUGCCGCAGAAGGAGCUCGAGACGAGGCUGGAGAGCUUCUGGAAGACGUGACUAGUAACGAGUACGUGGAAGGGGCAAAGCGAAAAAUGAGUGAUGCAAGAGAAGGGGUUGCAGAUGCAGCAGAAGGAGCUAAAGCCAAAGCUAGAGAGUUCGGAGACAAAAUCACCAAUGCGGAUUACUCGGGAAUGGCCAAAGAAAAAUUGGACCAAGCUGGACAAACUCUGAGAAGCGCUGCAGAGGGUGCUCAGGAAGAGGCUGGCGAGAUCCUGGAAGGGAUCACUGGUAACGAGUACGUACAAUCGGCUAAAAGAAAAGUGAGUGAAACAGGAGAAGAGAUGGCAGAGGCAGCCAGAGCUAAAGCCGCAGAGGUACGCGACAAAAUCGCCAAUGCGGAUUACAGGGGAAUGGCUAAUCAGGCUGGAGAAACUCUCAAAAAUACUGCUGGGUGGGCCAAAGAAGAGGUACGUACGCUUACUCUGGCUCUUUGA